CAUUUUGCAGUCGCAAAAUAAAUUACGUGUCUUUUAAUUAUAUGGACGAAACGUCAGAGUGAUUUCUCUGUUGUUUUGAUAAACAUUCCCAAAAUCUUUUUCCUGCGAUUUCAGCCAGAAUUCACAAUUCCACCCUAUCCGCUAGCCAUGGACUUGCUUAAGUGUAGUCCCGAGACUGUCGAUCCGGUGGAUUUCAUUGAGGACAGCUCUGGCUCCAAGGAGAGCGACUUCGCUGAGAUCGUGGAGGAGCUGAAGGCCUCGCUGGGCGGCAAGAAGUUCUUCUGUCCGCUGUGCAACAAGAACUUCCGUGACAAGUCGGGGCUGCGCAGUCACAUGAUGAUCCACUCUGGCGAGAAGCCCUUCCAGUGCCAGGAGUGCGGCAAGAGCUUCACGCAGUCCGGCGCCCUCAACGUCCAUCUGCGCACGCACACGGGCGACAGGCCUUUCUCGUGUGACCAGUGCGGCAAGCGCUUCGUGCAGGCCGGCCAGCUAAAGGUGCAUCUGCGCACGCACAACGGCGAGCGCAUGGAAGUGUGCCCGCUGUGCGGCAAGAGGUUCAUGCAGAAGGGCCACCUGAAGGUGCACAUGCAGCGUCACCGCGGCGAGAAGCCUUUUGCGUGCGCUCAGUGCGGCAAGAGCUUCCUGCAGCCGGCGCAGCUCAGGACGCACAUGCGCACGCACACGGGCGAAAAGCCCUUCGAGUGUCAGCAAUGCGGUAAGAGAUAUGCGCAGGUGAGCUCGCUGAAGCAACACCAGCUGCGACACCAGUUUCCGGGCAUCGAGGCGCGCAUGCUGAAGCUGCGCACGCCCAGGAUUAAGGUGGAGGCGAAGGCGCCGCCUACAGCGCCACAAUCUUCACUCUGUCAUCUGGACAUGUUCAAGGCGAAGCGCUACAACAUGAGCAACAAGCCGCGCACGCACGAGUGUCAGGUGUGCCAGAAACGCUUCACGCAGGCCAUCACGCUGCGCAUCCACAUGCGCCUGCACACUGGCGAGAAGCCGUAUCAGUGCCGCGAGUGCCUGAAGCGCUUCACGCAGGAGGGACAGCUGAAGGUGCACAUCCUCACGCACACGGGCGAAAAGAGGCUGGAGUGUCCGGAGUGCGGCAAGCGCUUCAACCAGAUGGGCCACCUGAAGCAGCACAUCCGCACGCACACCAAGGAGAAGCCCUACCAGUGCCCUGAAUGCCCGGCGGCCUUCGCGCAGACGGCGCACCUCAAGGCGCACCUGCGCACGCACACGGGAGAGCGCCCGUUCAUGUGUCCGGAGUGCGGCAAGAGCUUCACGCAGCCGUGCAGCCUCAAGAGCCACGUGCGCCGCCACGAGAUCGAUCGCUUCAACGCCACGAGCGUGGCGCCGGGAAAAGUCAGCCCGAUUCUCUGCUAUGAGAACUUUCUGCCGGACCUGCAGCCCACCGAGGCGGACUUUCCAGGCGAUCUGGCGAUGUUUCCCGAGCACGCGUUCCCGGUGAACGGCGACUUGCUGGACAUGCAGGCGUUCAGUCCCUUCGUGGGCAAUUUACCGCCCGAGAAGUUCGCGGACAUUCCAAUGGUGCUGGAAGAGGCGAUUCUGACGCCCCUCGUCCAGGAGGACAUCGCCAAAGUGACGAUGGGAUUCAUGGGAACCACAGAUGAGCUGCUGUGGCAGGAGGAGUCGCUGGCGGUCGCGCAGGUCGAGGAGAUUCCCGGUGAGAAGCUGAAGACGCCCGGGAAGCAGCACGAGUGUCCGGUGUGCGGCAAGUGCUUCCCGUUCCUCACGCGUCUGCGGCAGCACUAUCGCGUGCACUCGGGCGAGCGUCCGUAUGAGUGUCCCACGUGCGGGCUGCGCUUCUCCCAUCUGAAGACCAUGAAGCGCCACCAGUCCGUGCACACGGGCGAGAAGCCCUUCCUGUGCCAGGAGUGCGGCAAGGGGUUCGCGCACGACAAGAACCUCAAGUGCCACAUGCGCACGCACACAGGUGAGAAGCCGUACGAGUGCGCCGUGUGCGGGAUGCGCUUCUCGCAGUCCGGCACGCUGAAGAGCCACCUGAUGACGCACACGGGCGAGAAGCCCUUCGUGUGUCCAGAGUGCGGCAUGCGCUUCGUGCAGUCGGGCUCCCUGAAGGUCCACAUGCGCAAACACACGGGCGUGCGUCCGUACAAGUGUCCGGAGUGCGGCAAGGAGUUCCCCAAGAACACGCAGUGCAAGACGCAUCUGCGCACGCACACUGGCGAGAAGCCGUACAAGUGCGAGACGUGCGGCAAGGGCUUCACGCAGUCCGGACACCUGAAGAGCCACAUCGCGAAGCAGCACGCGGACGCGCAGUGAGGCUAAUGCGCGCAAUCAUUUGGUGCUUGACAAGGGGGAGAUAAUGUGGCUGAAAUCUGUACAGAACUUCCAAAACUCCCUUAAAUCGCUUGAUUAGUCAUCUUUUUUGAAAGACAAAGUUGGUAUUAAUUGGCAAAUGAACGCAAAAUUGCUGAUUUGCAUCUUCAAAAGGGUCAAAAAGUGUUUAAAAAUACAAUUUUUGAGGUUAUAUUAGUAAAAAUUGGCUCUGGUUCCUAACUUUAAAGAUCCAGAAUAGCGAUCUAGUCAAGAACUACAAUUUCUUCUGGCUUAAAUCGCUUAAAUCUGAAGAAUUGAUGUGCUGAAAUGAAAAUUUGUCACUAAGUUUGACGCAAAUCGAUAACAUAACCUAGAAAAGCAAUAAUUUGAAUAUUUUUCUGCGUAAAAAUUAGGAGAAACUAAGAAAUUCAAAAAUGAAUUAUAAAUGUUUAAAUCGUUAAAACAUUUCCAAAGUGCUGUACACCACUUCUGGCCAUAAUAUCUCCCCCUUGGUCUAUGUUAUAACCAUUUUAUCCAAUUUAUUGGGAGAUGCAAAGUGAUAAAAAUGCCAUGGAGAAUUUUAUUAUGAACCAACAUGA